AAGGCCACUGAUCGCAAAUUACAUCACAGUGGAGCACCACAGACGCACACGCAGAUGACACAAGUACUAGGCUCCACACAGGACAUUGUUUAAACUCACUUUUUUCUAAAUCAGAUGCCACAAUGUUGCCUUUCAAGAGAACUUUUGAGAGCGAGAAGAAGCAGCUGCAGGAGCUCAACAGCAGACUCGUGCAGUAUCUAUCCAGAACGACGCAGCUGGAGCAGGAAAACGCGCAUCUUAUUGUAGAAAUUAGCAAACUCAGACACAAGAAGACGCAGGAAUGGGAGCCGAAAUACAAGGGCGAGGUGCGGGAUCUGAGGAGAAUGGUGGGCCAGCUGUCGUUUGAGAAGUCCCAGGCUGAGAUGGAGAGAGAGAAGCUAUGGAGGGAGCUGCAGAUGGUCCGGGGUUUGUGCAGCGAGCAGACCGAGGUGUGCAGGGACAUUGGAGGAGAGCUGCAAGGCUGCGAGACGGAGCUGCACCAAGCUCACAAGAUCAACACUGAACUCCAGCAGCGUCUGUGUCAGCUGGAGAACGAGUAUAAACGCUUGGAUGAUGCGUACAGACAGGAGAAGGAGCAUCUCCAGCGUCAGGUGGAGUGCCAUGUGGUACCCAUCAUUACGCACACUUACCGAGGGCCUCCUGCAGCCACCAUGGAGAAGGAGAUGCAGGAGUAUGCGCGCGGCUUGUCCGAGGGAUGGAUGGAGACCUUCGAGAUGUACCAGGUGAAGGUGGAGGAGAUGGAAGGGUCGAUCAAAGAGGACCAGGCGAGGCUGGGUGAUCUGCAGAGGGAGAAGAUGCUGUAUGCUUCACAGUUGGACAAAUUACGCACAGAGGCUGGGAAACAAGGUCAGGUCCAGUUUCGACUUGAGGAACAGCUGAUGCACAUGCAGGAGAAAUUCCGGGUGGACUUCAGUGAAUAUCAGAUGAUUAUUGAGCAGCUGGAGCACGAGAGGAACAUGAUGGCUGACGCGAUUGCAGGAAAGAUGCGAGAGCAUCAGCACCUCCUCCAGGUGAAGAUGGAUUUGGGCACGGAGGUGGCUGCCUACAGGGCUCUCCUGCAAGGUGAAAGAGUGGAUCUGCAAGAUGCUCACAGGAGGGGCCAUCAACACCAAAGAGAGAGAAUAAUAGAUAUAAGGAUGCCGGCCCAGCCCUACACUCAAAGAGCUUCCACCUUAACCACCAGACAACAUGUGGAUAUCAGGCACACGCCACCGACUUCAAGCCUGAGAAGAUCCCCUGUGCCUCCCUCUGGGUCCAUAAGCCCCUCUAGGGUCAUUCCUAUUUCAGUUGCAGAAAGAGCUCGGCAUCAGAGUCCCGCAUCCAGAAGGGACAUGAUCUCAUUCACCAAAGCUCGGGCUGCCGCCGUUGCCCCUGCUACCACCACCGACACCACCGCCAAAGAUAAACAAACAGGCCAGAGAGAAUACCAAAUGAGACAACAUGUACAGAAAACAGCAGCAGAGGAGGGGAAAACUGUGAAAAUCAAGGUAGAGAACCAAGUCAGUCCCAUCAAGUCCUCCACUACUGAGACCAGAUCAGUGAAAGUGGUGUCACCAACAAUGAUGAGCAUGAAAACUGAGACAGAAAGCAAAAAGCAAGUGUCAGAUGAAAAAGAGAAAGCUGAUGUUUAUGGAGCGGAAUUCAAAGAUGGAGGGAAAACGAAGUUUACGAUGAGCCCAAGUGAUAAAAAGAUGUUAGGUUCUGUGUCCGUAGAGGAGAUCAUCGAGAAGGCGAUGAGACCAGCAGGUUGGGAAGCGAAGGUUUGCUCCUCGGGAGACUCGAAGGUACGAUACCAUGUGGAGAAAACUGAGCAGGAGGACGGGACGACCAAGACGCAGAUUGUGUUGGAGUCCAAAGUGGAGGAAGAGCUGGAUCUGUCUGAGGACUCUGUACUGGAUGAACUACUGAGCCAUGGGGUUCAGAAGGUGUCACUGGAAGACAUCGAGGACACGGCAACAGGAAGCAUGAUCAAGACCCUGCUGAGUAACCUGCAGUUAAGCGAGGGCUUGGAGAAUAAGUCUGUCAAUGUGGAAAUCAUCGAGGAGCCGGUGGAGUCUUACAGUGAUGAGGAGCUUGAGGUCGAGCAGAAGUCCAGAUCUAGUUUUUAUGAGCAUCCUUCAACAUAUUUCCAAAUUGAGGAGCUGGAGAAUGUCCCUCAUGGCGCUCAAGUCCAGAUGAGUGACGGUGACGCCAUGAAAACCUCCAUGACAGAUCCAGAUCAUUACAAGGGUGGAUCUGUACGAGUCCAAGAGGUUUCUAGAGAGAGUGAAUCUUCAUAUUUCUCCCAUGACCAAGAGCCUGACGAGUAUUUCGUCUCCACACCGGAUGAUAAUCUUUCUGAAACCGAGGAGGGUGGCGGCAUCACCUCGUACGGCCACUACGGUAUCGUAGACGACCUGUCAGACGAGAGGUAUUAUCAAGAUGGAGGUCCUCUCUCAAGAAGAGUGAUUGUAGAGGAAAGUGACGAAUACAAGUUCACGUCAGGCGAUCAGUCGUUUGUCAAGGAGAGUUUCCCAGAGUGCAUCAUUGAAGAAGAGGUUCGCGUCUCCCCUGUAGUGCAGGAGUCGGUGCUGGAGUUCCUGAGAGAGGACUCUUUAGAGCCCAAAGAGCAGCUGAAGGGAGCGCUAGAGAAGCUCCAGAGUUCAGUGUCGGGUCCGCUGAGGGAGGAGUUGGCCUUCCUCGCAAAAGUGAGUAGCGAAGAUUCACAGAAUGUGGCCGUCGACGUCAAAAAAAUGCAACAGUCAAGUGACAACGGCACCAUGACGAUAGUUGCGGAGCUGAACAUCUCUCAAAGUCUGGAAGACUCUGGGCUGCUGGAUGCAGGAGAUGAGCUGUCUGAAGAGCAGAUCAUGGCAUCUCUCAGAUCUUCUAACACAGGGCUGGAGAGAGCCUACCAGGGUGGGGCAGGAGGGGGAUACAACAUCAGAGUCUCCAGAGAAGAGGAUGAUGAAGAAUUCGAAGGAGGGUCUGCGUCUGAAAUCUCUGAGAAAUACAUAAAACUGGGGCCAUCAGAAAAGUCCUUCACCUUCCAGAUGGGCAGCCAUGCUGAGGCGACCUCAGAGCCAGAGCUGCAGUCUCACUUUUUGGAGACCCCGGUGAAGGUUUCGCAAGAGAAAAGAGUCGCAACAAUUUACCUUGAAAGCCCGACAGAUGAUUAGAAAUGAAUUUGGUCUGAAUAUUUUCAAAACUAAGUGCUUGCCAAUGUUGAAGUGCACAAUACAGAGGUUGUUCUGACGCACAAGUCCACAUACACACGGCAUCAAUGCUGCUUGCAGACACUGUACUAAUGCUGAAAGCUUUGCAGUGAAACAUCAUACAUCUAAUUGAUUUUGGUGCGCUAGCUAAAUUCAGUUAUUCAGUUGAAAUUAUCAGAUUAACACAUUUUAUGGUAUUAAUUGUGGUAGUACUGCUAUUAAAAUACUGAGUGCUGACUAAUAAGGGCUGUUUUAAGUUUGGAGUGUAACAUUUUCCAGGCUGGUAAAUGCUGAUGGAGUGCUGCCCUGGUAUGAGUUGACCUUCUUACAGUUUGCAGUUUAUCUUCAAAGAGGUUUGUUUAUUCUCUUCUAGAUUUCUCUAUUUUUGUACUAACCUGUGCUGCUGUACAUCUUAAACAGCCCGUCCUGCAGUUUACAACACCCCCAUCACACCAACCAUCACACAUCGUGUGUCGGCCGUGUUGUUGAAUGUAUCACAAGCCAACAUAUGACAGUGGGAGUUAUGAGGUGCUGUGAACUGUUUGCAGAUUGGGGCUUUCAUUUUUCUUUUCUUGGGCACUGCUGCCAAAUGGAUUGGUCUUUAGUUUAUACUGCAUCCUGGAUCACAGUAGUUUAUUUGAAGCAGUAGUCGUGAUGUGUACAGAAUAUAUUAGUGAAGCUUGUAGCUGCGGACAGUGUAGUAGGAGUGAGAAAAAAAGAUGAUUUGUCUUAAGAAACUUUUGAAUGCUGAAAUCAAAGUGUAGUGCAAAGGAUCAAGUAACUUACAAAGUCUGUUAUUUUCAGAUCAUUCAACUUUAGUCACAACUAAUGGCACAUUACACAUUUUGAUUAUUUAGAAGAAAAAUAAUUGGCCAACAUACAACCAAAGCCAGGGUACAUAAUCAAUAUGAAAAAUAUUUGUAAAAUGUGUAUUUUUACAUGGGUAUGUGUCAAUAACAUACUUUUCUAAUUCCCCAACAGUGAAACAUGUUCAUCUAAACAUGUGAUUAGGGAGCUGGGAAUUCAAAAUGGUGAAUUAUACCAAAAAAAGGUUGUCAACUUGAAAAGCAAAAUAAUAAGAUAAAAGAAUAAAAAAGUAGCUGUAGAAUCUUAAUGAAUUAAAAGGAUUCAGUGAAGUUGGUUUUGGUGUACAGUAUGUCUUUUCUGGACAUCUUUCUGCUUGUAGACCUUUGUCGGUUAUCACAGUGUUGGCUUGAAGGAUUCACCUUUGCUCGGACAUGACCGUGGACUAUUUUUGGAGCAGCUUAGAGACAUUGACUGUUCAUUAGGGUUUGUUGUGUUGUGUACUACUGUAGUUGCAGAGGCAGAAAUGGUCCACCACGAUUACAGUCUGCUUACAUGUCUCGCACAUCUUGUCUAAGUGGCUGCAACGUGUACACUUUGUAACUAUUGAGUAACGUCUUCACAGAUUGGCUUUUUAGCACGUUCAAGUUAAAGAAAUGUGCAGAAAUGCAAUGUUUAGCUUGAAUGCCAUGCUUUUAUAAUGUUUUCAUUGUUAGAAAUCUACUAAAUGAAACCUCAAUUUAAAAAAACUUGCAUCAUAUCUCCAUACAUUUUCAUCUGCAAACUGCAGUAAUUUAAACAAAAACACUAGUACAUCAGUGCACUUACACUGUGGCUUAAUAAGGAAUCUGUUAGGUUACUGUAUAUGCAAGUACACAGUGUAAUCUGGUUAAUGUGCCAUUUCAUAGCAUUUAAAAAAAUAUCAGCAUACAGAAAGUACAUUUAUGUAUUAAGAAUGUUUAAUGAGUCAAAUGUUCAAUAAGUGUUUGUCAUCAUGGAUAAUCCAACAUUAUUGCUUUUAUUGACAUGAUUUCUAUUGAGCUAACGCCAUUAAUGCUUUGGUGAAAAAGGUUCCAGCCCUUAUUUGGAAAUUGAUUCAUAUCUUAACACAAUUAAAACUCAUUUUGGCUAUGA